AAAAAGGGUAAUAAAAGUCCUUCAAUGGCGGUAGCUGCUCCCAUUAAUUUCCCUCACCCUCCUCCUCUUCCCAUCUCUAUUUCAUCACUUCAAUUCCACCGCCCGCUCCUCCAAAAAAAAGAAGCCCUAGCUACAAAGUAAAACCAACAAAAUUAACCAAAACACUUUCAGAUCGCAAGCGAGCAAUGGCGGCGGGAGCCUGGAUCUUGGCUCUGGCAGUAGCGACAAUGGCGAUUGAGGGGAUCUCAGGGCAGGCACCGGCGCCGGGACCGGCGGGGGAAGUGGAUUGCUUUACGACGCUGCUGAACAUGUCGGAUUGUUUAUCGUACGUGACGGCGGGGAGUAAUGAUACGAAGCCGAAUAAGCAAUGUUGCUCGGAAUUGGCAGGGCUGGUGGAGAGUAGCCCUAAAUGCCUUUGUGAGCUGCUUAGUGAUCCGGAUAAAGUUGGAUUAACCAUUGACGUUGAUAGAGCUAUGAAGCUUCCUUCUCAAUGCCGUGUCUCCACUCCUCCCAUUUCCCUCUGCUCUCUUUUGGGAUUUCCGGUGGGAUCAAGUCCAGCACCAUCACCAGACCUAGGUGUUCAACCACCGGAUGCAGGAGGCUCAAGCACCACCGACACACCGGGAAACAGCGGGAAUAGGGCUUCGAGCAUCAACCACCUUCAUCUUGCAUUUCCACUUGGCUUAGCCUUAGCAUUCAUUCCUGCACUUUUCUAACCAAGAUAAUCUUUGAUUAUCUAUAAUUGUUUGCCUAUUCUUCUGUCUUUCCUUUUCUGUUUAGAAGUCAUUGUAUUGUAUUGUAUUGUACUGAGAUACUUUCAUGAUUGUUAGGCCAAUAAAUUGUUAGCUUCUAUUAAA